AUGGAUACUUUCGAAAAACCGGAAACCGCUCAACUCGAAGCUGCUCGAGAACCACCUUCGGCUCAAAAUGGCUAUCAAGGAGAUGCUGCGGCAGAGAAGAGACUCGUGCGAAAGUUGGAUAGACAUCUUAUUCCAUUGGUGUUCGUAUUGUACCUUCUAUCAUAUCUUGAUCGAUCAAAUAUUGGCAAUGCCAAAACUGCCGGCAUGUCAAAAGACCUCGGGAUAUCUAGCAGCGAUUACGAAUGGUUAUUGACAAUCUUCUACAUCUCAUACAUUGUAUUCGAGUGGUUUGCUUUGAUGUGGAAGGUUCUUCCUCCACAUGUGUGGGCUUGUUUUUGUGUGGUUGGAUGGGGUACCGUCGCCACUCUUCAAUCAGCCACCCAAUCAUGGUCUGGUAUGAUGGCAGCUAGAUUUUUCCUCGGAUUCUUCGAAGCCGGUUAUGGCCCCGGUCUUCCAUACCUUCUUUCUUUCUUCUACUUGCGUCACGAAAUCGGUAUACGAAUCGGAAUCUUCCUUAGUGCUGCACCCUUGGCAACAUGCUUCGCAGGUGCACUGGCAUACGGAAUUACUAGCGGACAUGCCGCGAUUGCAAAUUGGCGUCUUCUAUUUUUGGUUGAAGGUUUGCCAUGUGUAGCUGCCGGGAUCGUGACAUUUUUUGUCCUCCCCGAUAGUCCAGAAAAGGCACGCUUUCUAAACGAAGAAGAGAGAGGGGUGGCUAGAGCACGAGGCGUAAGACAAGUAGGCGCCGAGGAAGAACAUCGUGUUGGAGGUGUUAAAUGGGCUGAUGUUGCUGCCGCUCUUGUGGAUCCAAAGAAUUGGCUCACAGCCUUGAUGUACUUCUCGUGCAAUGUAUCCUUUAGCUCCCUACCCGUAUUCCUCCCCACUAUUCUUAACGAGAUGGGAUUUUCAUCCAUCAGCGCCCAGGGUUUAUCGGCACCCCCAUAUUUUCUCGCGUUCCUCGUCGUCAUCCUCUCAACCUACAUUGCUGAUCGCACUCAACAACGUGGUCUGGUAAUUAUGACCCUCUCGAUUAUUGGUGCCAUCGGAUAUAUCUUAUUGGCCACCACCUCCACAACCGGGCCCCGCUACACAGGUGUUUUCUUCGCCGCCGCAGGAAUCUUCCCCGCUAUCGCCAAUAUUCUCCCUUGGGUCCUCAACAAUCAAGGCUCAGACACCAAGCGCGGUACGGGAAUCGCACUCCUCAAUGUGGUGGGUCAAUGUGGUCCGCUUCUUGGAACGAGAAUGUAUCCUUCGGAGGAUGGUCCAUAUUACCGCAAGGGCAUGUGGGUGUGCACUGCAUUUAUGAUGUUGAAUGGCAUUUUGGCACUGGCGUUGAGAACACUAUUGAAUUGGGAGAAUAAGAGACUGGACGAGAAGUAUGGAGUGGUGGGUAGAAGGGAUGCGAAGGGUAAUGUGGUGGGUGAGAAAGAGGCUGAGGAGAAAUUGGGAGAGAAACCAUAUGCGGAGGCGGGAGAUGAGAAUGAUGGUCCUAGAUUUCGAUAUGUGUUGUGA